AUGUCCCCGCCAAGCGGUGGCCACCAGCCGUUGGCCUUGACGAGGCACAAAAAGACUUUCACUGGAUGUUGGACUUGCAGAGCCCGGCGAAUCCGUUGUGACGAGGGAAAACCUGGUUGCCGCCAGUGUCGCCGGAAAGGUGUCCUCUGUGAAGGCUACGACGUCAGGCUGCAAUGGGUCCGUAAUAAUAGGAGUGGGGAUGACUUUCCGUCACUGUUUGCUCCUCGGAGCGGCAUUGCUCCAGAUUCCAACCGCGUGAUUUUCAAGGCCGGUGCUGUAGAUCAAAUCCUAGCCAUUCUUGACUCGCAUGAAGCUGGAACCGCAAAGGAUAGCGCCGCUAAUGGCAAACACGAGGACUUCUCUCGUUUCCUCGACUGCUUUGGCGUUUUCAGAUCGGCCCGUACUCCUACUCCCAUCCCUCCGCCUCCUGCUGUUACUGGCGAUGGCGGAAGCAGUGGUAAUGUCACCGAUGACAAUAAUUAUCGUGGUGAGGCUGGUGGUGGAGGAAAAUUACCACCAAACAGUAACCUAGGUCGCUCUCGAUGUAACACCAACGGACGGCAGAGCAGUGCUCAAAGUUGCAUUGAUGUGGCCGGUGGCUAUAGUCUCUCUCCUGAGUCAGCCACGAGUAGUGGCUUGCAUUCUAACGGCGGCCCUUUACAAGAAGGAAACGAGUCUUCGUCGCCAUGCUAUAGUAGGCUGGACACCUUGCAGAACCCGAUCUCGACUUUGGAGACGACACCCCAAGAGGAGGAGGUGUCUUUUGCAGAAUUGCUCCAGACAGCAAGGAUCAUACCUGCCCUCGAUAUCGGACCAGAUAAAAAUCAUCAUCCUUUGGAGCCAUCAUCUGAAGACGUCGAUGCUCUUACUGCGACAGGCCAGCUUAUCCUGCAUGGUGGCGCGCAAGAUGAUGAGCAUUUCUUAUUUGGGGAUAUUGACUGCAACGAGAUGGGCAUUGGACCCUCGUUUGUCGCCCCAUCGCUGGGAGAAGGCUCACCCCUCUGCCGUUCUGUUUCCUCUCAUCUCAAAAGCGACGAAAACUUCCUCUUGGACCACUACUCGAAGAGAGUCCUGUACUUAUUCUGUGUAAUCGAUCAUGGCAAGAGUCCAUGGAAGUCAAUCCAUCUCCCAAGAGCUCUGCAAGCCAGGGGCGAGUGCACCGUCCAUGGCUCAACCUCGAUGAUACGCGAGGCACUUGUCAAUACGCUACUUGCUAUCAGUGCCUUCUUCCUAUCAAACGACUGCCAAUCCAUGUUCCAACUAGACGAUGCCUUGGGCUGGUGGAGUGCUGCAGAUGCGUACCGCUGUAGGGCGAUUAAUUUACUACGAAAUGCUGUCGAGUGUGACCUUCAUUCCAGAGCUCCGCCGAAAUACAAGGAAUUUCUUGCCACAGCACUGUCCAUGGUAACCAUGAACGCAAUAUCAGGGGAUACCGAAACAUGCAAAACGCAUUUAGACGGCGCCUACCACCUGAUGCAGCAGGCCAAGCAGUGGAAACAUCGGUAUUCGCCCAAGGCGGCUUCCCUCCACCGUAUAUACUUUUUCCUGCGAGUGAUUUACGAGAGCACGGCUCCCUCGUCAGAUCGUAAGUCUCGCCAGUCAGGUUACCAAAGUAGAGCACGAGGAGGAGGCGGAGAGAAACCGAUAGACAUUUUUUGCCGCGAAUUCUUGAGGCCCCAGAGGCUGCAGGGCAGCGAGCCGAUGCGAAAUGACCUCGACGGGCAGAAAGCUUGCUUCGAGAGGGUCUAUGGCAUCCCCGACAACCUGCUCCUCUUGCUUGCAGAUGUUAUAGAUCUCCUAGAUAAGAUUAAUGAACUGAACGAUGGAACAACGGAUGGAGCUGCUUCAAGCAGGGUUUCGGACUUACUUGAGAUGGAAUGCGAGAUAUUGGAAAAGGCCGUAAUGGAUUGGCCAGUCAACGUGGGUCUUGAUCAGCAAGUUGCCGAUACGGCCUCUUUACAAGCCAAAUUUGUCCAUCACCACACCAUUGCCUUUUAUAACGCUCUAAUCAUAUAUUUUGGGCGAAAUGUCCGGCAAGUUGGGCAUCGCUACCUAUCGCCAUACGUUGAAGCAGUGCUCAACAGCAUGGAGGCUAUUGAAGCCCUCAAGGUUGGGAUGCCAGUUGUGGCGGCGCCUACGUUGUGGCCGGCCUUUAUUGCUGCCACCGAGGCCUUUGAACCGGGGUUGCAGGAGCGAUUUCGUCACUGGUACCAACACGCAGAGAUAUAUCGGUUUGAAUCUCUCCGGAUGGGCCUCAAGGUCCUCGAGGAGGUGUGGGAAGAGGGAUCUUUAUUCCGCCAGCAAAAGGCCUGCCGCUGGCGAGAGAUUGUGGAGAGACGAGGCAUAUGUCUGAUAUUGAGUUAA